AUGGACUAUGCCCUUUGUGAGGCUGCCCGGCACAACAUGGAAGGCAUCACCAGGGCGGUCACCUUCUAUGAUAUCAACUGUCAAUACAACAAGCACUUUCGGGUUCGGGUGGAUCGAAGCCGAUUUCUCGAAAUGGUUCCGGAAUUGACCAUCAUUCCCGGAAUCGGGUUGUGGCACAUCCACGGACAUCAGGACAGCUGCUAUGUCCGAUAUGCGUCGAAUUUUAUCGAAGGCAUCGGUCGGAUUGAUGGAGAGAUCAUGGAGACCCUAUGGUCACGUCUCAACCUGAUUUCCCCUGCUGCUCGGGGAAUGUCAUCCCCGCAUCGAAAGGAAUGUCUCGAUUAUCAGAUGAAUGAUUCCAAUUUCUGCAAGAUGAUCCGCAUGAAAAGGACCCUUUGCCGAAAAUACAAGCAGGCGAAGAAUGGCAUUGCCGAAAGUGAAAAGGCUUUCGACAUACUCAAUGAAGCAGCACCCGGCGAUUCAAAGACAGAGUGGCUAGCCAGCGAGAGGAUCGCUCAGUCCAGCAGAAUAAAUAAUCCUGCGGCUAUGGAUGUAUAUGAGAUUAAUAUCAAGAAGGCACCGAGCAAAAAGGAGAUCGAGCUUAGGCUACUAGAGGAGGGUAAUGCCCGAAAUGCAGCACCUGCUCGCAGGUCUGUGGCGACAUGGAUAUCAAUGGGGUUGGCGAUUGAAGAGGCUCAAAUCGCAUUGCUCAUCGAGAAGUUAGACAUCGCCCGGCAACGCGAUCGUCUCCAAGGCCAGAUAGAUGGAUUCACUCGGUCUGCUAUUACGCAUCUCGGAGAGGGAUUUGAUGCAGAUGAUGAUCCUGAAGACUUGUACUUGGACAUUCUUGAUGAUCUCGAUGAUGACUUGGCAGACUUCACCGAGACAUCUGACACAUGGGCAAACUCCCCUGAGCUCACUGUAAUCCCAUUGCCAUCAAACCUCGGGGUAGAUCGAUGCAGACGCUGUAUGGCAGACGAUCUCAUUCCGCUGGAGAUGUCUCUUCGUGAAGGGCAGGCCAAUGACUCCCUUCACAACCUCCGAAUUCACUUGUGCAACAAGGCGAUUCUGUUUCGAACAACAGUUAGGCAAGCCAAAUCCCAGGCCCUGAAAACUCGAGCUUGGUCCCAGGUGACGUCGGUGCAGCAGGCAGUGUCCCUCCAUGCCAGUAUAUAUAUGAAGACGAGGAAGCAAAUGAUGCAACUGGAGCCAGGGCAAGACCAGGUUCAGAAAUACAAACCCCUGCUUCGAGAGCAACUCAAAAUCAGCACUGCCGUCGGCGAUCCAAAUGCCCGAGGCAAUGGGUUCCGACCCCUCACACUCACUCAGGCAGAUAUUGCAGCUACAAUGUCAAUGGCUGCAUCUCGCAUCCGAGCGUCCAUCUCUCAAUAUCAGAUGGAGGCUGCCCACACCCAGGAGCCAUCUGCUACUCGGAUCACGCACUUUAAAGCCGGGCUGCAAUGGGAGAUAGCUACUUUUGUGACUCCCAUCCUGCAGUACUCAGCUGCAAGGAACAUCAUUUCAGUUGUUCCAGAGCCCGGUUGCUCAUAUUCCUCAGUUGAUUCCAAGCUCACCUGGAACAUGUUUCAAGACGUUGCAGAUCUGGGGGAUCCCUCCCGCAUUGUAUCCACCUAUGGUACUCCAUGGUGGACCGGAUCAACUGCCAUCCCGAACGAAUUAUGGCCAUGGGAUCAGGUAUUUGCUAAUUGUGUCUGUCACUACCAGCAUUGGCUAUCUGGCGUUGAGGACGAACGUCUUGUUGUUCCCGAGCAGGUGGAUGAAAGCUCACUUGCAACGCUGAAGGCACUGAGGUGGAUGAGGGAACGCCUCCUGACAGUGAUUGAGGAUCAACAAGCUGGCAUCCGUGAAAAGAUGGCAGAGAUUCAGAUGUACACCGCCGUCCUAACCAAAUUGAACCCAAGGGGACCAGAGUAGUUCUAGUCCUUCAGUUCAGAAUGUUGAAGUCUAAAUUCUG